AUGAACACCCCCAGAGACUGGACGGAUUUUUCGGCCCUGGACCCAAACUCGAACUCCGUUAUAGCAACCUACUUCGAAGUGGCACGCGCACUUCGCGAAGAGAGUCGUCCCAGCCGCGGGGGGAGAAAACCCUGGUUGACCUCUUUGGCUGCCAACAUCUUGGGGAAUGACGAGGCGCAUAAUAUAGCCGUCGCAUGGCUAAAAUCAGCAUUCACGGCGUCUGAUAAGGACCUUAAGAAGGCCCAGCAGUUUAGUCAGAGGCUCUGUUCUCCUCGACGCCUGGAUAAAGAUUCAGUGGCCAUCUUCGUGGAUGCGUGGUGGAUCUUUUCUGAGAACCAAGGUGGAACCCUGGUCGCCGACUUCCUAAACAAGAAACGCAGGGAAAGAGGAUUUGUCGACGAUCUCAACUUUAUUAAACAAAUUGGAGGUCAGUUGCAAGAUUCUGCCAAUGCAGAGGCCGUCAAUGGGCAGUCCCCAGCCAAGCGUUCGCAUGCUAGGGAUCCGGGACCCGAGACAUCCCUCCCCAAGAAAACGAAGGUGGUCAACCAGCCCUCCAAACGGCAAAAGAGGACAAGCGGGAAGCGGAAACGUUUCCUACAACCCGAUAAUAUCUCGAGCACUGGGGGAUCCGUCACGAACGCGCUGGUCAGACCAUCGCGUGCUGAUAUUAAACUUGAGGGCGCUGAGCCGGGCCCCUUGCCAGUUACCACAAACGCGGCUAGUGAAGGGGCUUCUAUACAACAGCGUCCACAUGUACUCUCAGACCUCAGACCGCACCUACCCCAGCCUUUUUCUGUCGGACCUUUACGCCAAAUGGCUUCAGUGCUGGACACGCAUGAGGAAGUACCGCCAAUGCCGAACUGGAUCAUGGAUGACAUCGAUAUAGAGCAAACUGGCGAUCCCAACGCUGCCAGCGCCUCCAUACCAGACAACGCACUGCCUACGACUGGUCAAUCAGCACCAAAGCCUUGCCUCCAAAUCAAACCUCCUUUGUGGGCAGUGUCUCGUCAAGAAGUAUGCGAAUCGUUCGAUUGGUUUAGGAGCUAUCAAGGGGGUGUUUAUCAUGCGAAUGGCUUUGCCAAAGGCUAUUUGCUGAGUGCGUUUGCUGCUAGUCGGGACAUAUUUCAUCAUGGAGGGCAGGUUAUCAUAUCUCACGGCGGUGGAAAGUGGGAAAGUCAACAUAUGACGCGCGGACAAGUCGAAACCCAUUUAGCCGACGACCAACUCGCCCAAGACAAGUCUGUAAGAGCCCUGAUUGCGAAUUAUAACAACAAGCGACCGUUGGUUCUCUUGAUUGACGACAAGUAUGCUUUAUUUCCGUUUAAUUUAUCUGCGUCCGGAAUUACCUACGCAGUUCUGGGCUUCUACUUUAUAUCCGGCUAUUGGGCGGAAUACCAGAAAGCAUCGAAUGAGAGAGGUCGCGUUGUCAGGUACAAAUUCGCCUUUCAAUGGUGUAGUAAUCAGGGGAUACCUUGGUGGUUACACCCCAAUGCGUCUACUACUCCCUCUACUCAUAUCGAUCAGGGCUCUAUCAUUCUGUAUCAACACGUGAAGCAGGAACGGAUGUGUCCCCGAUGCCAGACCCACUCUCCGAGUGUAUAUACUCAAUGGAUGUGCUUGAAACCAGAUUGUUCCGCAUUCUGGAUCAAUCAGCACGGAAAGUCACCAGCUGAGGAUUGUUUGACAUACGACGACGAGUUUCUCAAACUCGCCCCUGAACCACCAUGCCCGUAUCGAUCGGUCGACCUCAUCCCUCACCGGCCCCAGCCUCGCCCUACGGACGGGAUUACAACAGAUUAUGUGUAUACUAGAGGUUGGCGCUGUCCAAGUUGCAACAGGCUGGCUUGUAGAUCAAAAUGGGAGCAAUGGGAGUGCCCGAGUUGUGGCUGGUCGCUUCCGGUCCAAGGAAGAACGCGAAAAGCCAGCGAAUUGCGAGGCAUAAAAAUGGAUGUCGGUUUCUACGACCAUGCAAUCACCAAUGGGUCAGGCAUUAAGCAAGGCCCCUCAGUUUCCUACAUGUCUAACGGAGGCCAAGGACACUACCAAGCCUUUGAAUUACCCCAACAGAGAGGUCGCAUUGUUAUCAUUCACGGGUGUCUUCCUUUUGGGAAUGUGGACGCUGAUCACAUCUUCGAAGAAUAUCAAAAGCAUGCAUCAAGUGUGAGGGGCACAAUGUUAACUCAUUAUUUUUCCCAGAAUGCGGGUGCCCCAUACCAGUAUGUUGGGGGGGCAGACAACACCAUUCCCUUUGAAAAUGCGCCAGUCGUUUCAAAGGCUCGUGACCUCAUUCAGGCAAGGCUUCGGCAGGCCUUGAAUAUUCAAAUAGAAUUCAACGAAGUGCUGUCAUGCGCGUAUAUGUGCAAGCAGAAGAUGGCGUUCCACAGCGAUGCUGAGAAGGGGCUAGGUCCUAUUGUCGCGGGUCUAUCCCUUGGAGCGCCAGCGUUGAUGCACUUCCGACCAUGUAGUAGAUUUGAACCCGACGUUAACAAGCGCGGAACCAUUUUAUCACUAAUACUCCGACAUGGUGAUAUCCUAUUAAUGGACGGCAGCGAAGUCCAGCAGUUUUAUGAGCACACCGUGGUCCCAGCAAACUUCCGGAUAGCAGCCACGGCAAGACUUAUCUCUCCUGAGAAUGCAAUGGACGGUUCGGCCAAGAGGGCCAUCAAACUCGAGGCUUGA